CUUCUUCCGGUUGACACUUCCGGUGUAGAGCGAGUCCAUGCUUGCUCCGCUUCAGAGUACAUAUACAAUUGUUCUAAAUCAAUUGGAUCAAGUCUCAUUUUAAACAGUAUAUUGCAUUGGGCGUUAGAGGGGGCGGAGAACGUCGUGCUGCUGGCCACCUCCAGUCAGUCAGUGGGAUGUCCAGUUCGGACGUGCUAGCCAGUCCCAGUGGUGUGGACGUGUCCUCCUCUCCCAAAUCACCACUGGCUAAAACCCAGCAACCUGACAAGGACUCCAAACCAGUAACCAAACAGAACCCUGUCCCUGCCUCCCCUCCCCUCCAUGGUCUGAAGCUGGCUCCCCACAGGGAGCUGGAGCAGGCACAGCAGAGGGGCAGGCUGAAGUGUUCUAGCUGCGGAGGCUCCCGGAUGUUCUUCUGCUACACCUGCUGCUCUUUAGUGGGCGUCAGCCAGCAGGAAAUCCCCUCUGUCAAGCUCCCUAUAAAGAUUGACAUCAUCAAGCAUCCCAGUGAGGUUGAUGGGAAGAGCACAGCCAUACACGCCAAGAUCCUCGCCCCCGAUGAUGUCACCAUCUACACCUACCCCUGCAUACCUGAGUAUGAAGAUGACACAGACAAAGUAGUGCUGGUGUUCCCUGGUCCUGGAUCAGUCUCAGUGGAGGAGAUGACAUGGAGAUUGCAGAACCUGGCUGUCAUGAAGUCAGCUGCCUCCCCAGAUGAGGAACCGUCCCCAAAGAGGCCCAGAGCCGAGGAGAUGCCAGGGGCUACACAGCAGGCGGAGGGACACACAUCAGGAGCCACACACACAGAAGAGAGGGGAGGGGAAGCAGGGAUAGAGGGCCAGACUGAGACACCAGGGGCCUGUCCCCUCCAGAGAGUGGUGUUCAUCGACAGCACAUGGAACCAGACCACCAGAAUCAUCACAGAUGAGAGACUACAGGCGUUGCUCCGUGUGGAGCUGAAGACCAGGAAGACGUGUUUCUGGCGCCAUCAGAAAGGUUCUCCAGACACCUACCUGGCAACCAUAGAGGCUGUCUACUACUUCCUCAAGGACUACCAGGAGCUGUGUCUGAGACAGGAGUACACAGGACAGUACGACAACCUGAUGUACUUCUACUGUUACCUACACACACUGAUCAACAAGGCUAAGACAACCGCUGGGAGACGCUGAGGCUGCAGGGAGGAGAGAGAGGCCAAAACUACCGCUGAGAGACGCAGAGGCUGCAGAUAGGAGAGAGAGGCCAAAACUACCGCUGAGAGACGCAGAGGCUGCAGAUAGGAGAGAGAGGCCAAAACUACCGCUGAGAGACGCAGAGGCUGCAGAUAGGAGAGAGAGGCCAAAACUACCGCUGAGAGACGCAGAGGCUGCAGAUAGGAGAGAGAGGCCAAAACUACCGCUGAGAGACGCAGAGGCUGCAGAUAGGAA